GUGCUGGGAUUACAGGACUGUGCCACCACCCCAGGACUUGACAUUUCACGCAGUCAGUCAAACUCAAAAGUUCCAUCUAGUACUGUUAUUCACCUCGGAACUCGGGUAGAGCCCUCAGUCAGGACACCCAAGAUCUCUGGGAGUUCUUAAAUGCCCCCAAAGCUGUACGUGUCUACAUUCAUACCCAGUCCAGUGGGCAGUGCGGGGCUGGAUUGUGCAGGUCCCUCCUGGGGCCGUGAAGAUUUCAGGUCCUCUUCAUGGAGACUUUUGGUGUUUCUCGUCCCUGUAUCAGAACUCGGCUCCGGAGAAAGCUGCCCACCGGUUCACUGCCGCGGCCACACACAUCCCCCUCGGCGGGAAGGCGGUGACGUCACGGCUAGACUGCCCUGACCUGGUUUCAGACUUGGCGGCCCCGAGCGUCCCGGAGGGCAGGGGGGCGGGGGCGGGGUGCCGCCGCUCGCCCGCCGGCCGGAGACCAGCGCGGGUGUGAGGGGAGGUGGAGAUCGGCCCGGGCAGCGGCGGGAGGGUCAGCCCCUCGGCCUGAGGAACCCCCGCGGGGCGCAGAAGAAAGCGAGGGGGUAUGCUCGUGGGGGGGUGGCCAAACUUCCUGUCCCGCUCUGGAGCUGCUUCCGGCGGGAGCCGGAAGACGCCGUGUGUGGACGGAAUUCGGGACUGACUGACGGACGGCCAGCUGCCCUGGACUGGAAGGUUAAAUUGAUUACCAGCCUAGUUCAGCACCUUACAGGAAAAGCAUAAUGUUUCUUAAAGGGAUAUGAGUUUAACAGGAAGGUGUCAUUGACUCUGGAUUAGAUUUGAACCUGCCCCCCGAACAGCUGCAGGAUUUCAGAAGCUGAAUCAAUGUUAUCAGAUGAGUUAGAGUCCAAACCAGAGCUCCUGGUACAGUUUGUUCAGAACACCUCCAUCCCCCUGGGACAAGGGCUAGUAGAAUCAGAAGCUAAAGACAUCACUUGCUUAUCCCUCCUUCCAGUGACCGAGGCCUCAGAAUGCAGUCGGCUAAUGUUACCAGAUGAUACUCCAAAUCACACCAAUUCCUCCAAGGAGGUCCCUUCUUCAGCUGUUUUGAGGAGCCUUCAGGUGAACGUGGGCCCAGACGGAGAAGAGACGAGGGCUCAGACUGUACAGAAGUCCCCAGAAUUCCUGUCCACUCCAGAGUCGCCCAGCCUGUUACAAGAUCUACAGCCAAGUGACAGCACUUCCUUUAUCCUUCUUAACCUAACAAGAGCAGGUCUGGGCUCUUCAGCUGAGCACUUUGUGUUUGUACAGGAUGAGACAGAGGAUUCAGGGAAUGACUUCCUCUCUGGGGAGAGCACAGACAGCAGCAUCCCGUGGUUCCUCCGGGUCCAGGAACUGGCCCAUGACAGUCUGAUUGCUGCUACUCGUGCCCAGCUGGCAAAGAGCGCCAAGACCAGCGGCAGCGGAGAAAAUGGCCACCUUGGCUCUGGCGAUGGGCAGCCCAAAGCUUCUGGGCCCCUUCCUCAAGUGGAGAAGAGACUUAAGUGCACAGUUGAAGGCUGUGACCGGACGUUCGUGUGGCCAGCUCACUUCAAGUACCACCUGAAAACCCAUCGGAACGAGCGCCCCUUCAUCUGCCCUGCAGAAGGCUGUGGGAAAAGCUUUUACGUGCUGCAGAGGCUGAAGGUGCACAUGAGGACACACAACGGGGAGAAACCCUUUAUGUGCCAUGAGUCAGGGUGUGGUAAACAGUUCACCACAGCUGGCAACCUGAAGAACCACCGUCGCAUCCACACAGGAGAGAAGCCUUUCCUUUGUGAAGCCCAGGGAUGUGGCCGUUCCUUUGCUGAGUAUUCCAGCCUCCGGAAACACCUGGUGGUUCACUCAGGUCUUAGGUAGCACAGGAUGCUCUUGAACCUCUGAUCAUCUUGCCUCCACCUCCAGGUGUUGGGACUGCAAGUGUGGGCUUUGUACAUGCCAGGCAAGUAUUUGACCAACUGAGCUCUGUCUCCGGCUCCUACGCAGAUUUUUAUAUGAUGACAAGUUCCAAGUAAACGUGGCAGGCUGGUAGCUUGUGGGCCAGAUGUGGACUUCACAUGUGUAUUCCUUUUGUCUAGAGUGCUUUGUUGUACUUGUAUAAAACUAUGUCAGAUGUAUAGUCAGAUACACACAAGAAUAGAGAAAUAGAUAGUUUCUUGUGCCUAUUUAGAAAUAACUUCUUGCUUUUAUCUUAUAUUCAGUCCAUGUUCUGUUCCAUUCAGUUGUCUCCAAAAUGACUUCAGUUCAUUUAUUUUUUAAUUUUAUUUUUUAUUUUAUGUUGCUGGAAAUUGAAACCAAAGCCUCUUGCAUAAUAGGCAAGCAUUUAACUGUUGAGCUACAGCCUCAACAUCGAAGUUGGUUCUUUAAGAAAAGGAUACCCUGGGGUCUGAUAUUGCUUACUCUUGGCUAUGAAAUCUUCUUUGAGCCUAAAUCUUUUUAUACUGUUGUUUGUUUGGUAGACUUGUUACAGAACCGAGAUCUGGGUCCUAUAGCAGUACCAUCCUCUGGAUUCGUCAGCUUCCUUUUACGUCUUUCCCCCAGUGCUGGAGCUUGAACCUGGGGCCUCACACAUGCUGGGCAGGAACUCUACCACCGAGUUGUUUCCCAGCACCUGCUUUUUUGUUGUCCAGCUAAAAUAUAUUAUUAUAUAUUUAUAUAUAUUGCUAAAAUAUAACUGAGCUCUAGUUAUAUAUAUUGCUAAAAUAUAACUGAGCUCUAAAAGCUUCAAAACUUCAAAAUUUGGUGCAAGAAUACGUUGUAUGUGGUACUGCGUACUUCAUUUGUGUCACAUCAGACCCACACAAGGUUUGGUGGACAGAGUUAUCACUGGGUUCAGGUGGUGUCAACCAGGUCCUUAAGGUCCUCUCUCAAUCUUCCAAAUAAGGAACUGGUGCUUUGGUUACUUCUAGUGCAAAUUAAAUUGGUUUCUUCUUAUUUGGGGGCUGUUUAUAGCUAGUAUAGAGACAUGGAACAGAGGACUGGAGAGAUGUCCCAGUAGUUAAGAGAACACUACUUACUGUCCUUCCAGAGGACCCAGGUUCAGUUCUCAGCACCCCAUCAGGUGUCUCGCAUGCUCCUGUAACUCCAGUUCUAGGAGACCUCAUACCCUGUGGCCUUGGCGGGCACCUGCAUGUAAGUGAUGCAUAAGCCCACAGAGAAGCACACAUAUUCUCAUAUAAAUUAAUCUGAAAAAAGAAAUACAAAUGAAUUUGUGUUUGUUCUUAUUUUGUUUUGUUUUCCUUUUGAGACAGAAUCUCACUAUAUAGAUCUGGCUGGUCUGGAAUUCACUAAAAUCUUCCACUCAAGUUCUGGGCGUGUACGAUCACACCCAGCGAUUUGGUUUUUUUUUAAAGUAAGGCUUUGGAAAGGCCUACCUAGUAGUAUAUUGUGUAGCACUCAGAGGCUGAUACAAAAAGGAUUGCCAUGAAUUUGAAGCUAGCCUGGGCUAUAUAGUGAGUUCCAAGAUAGCUGGGCCUACAGAGUGAGAUGUCUGUAAUUUAGUACCUAAAAGAAAAUAAAAGAAUAGAAAUGGAGAUAGUUCAGGGCGGUCUAGAGCUCACUGUUGUAAUCCAGGUUGGCCUUCAACGUGUUUUUAACCUUCCUGUCUUUAGUCUCCUAAGGAAUAUUGGUACACGACUUUAAUCUGUGAGACACUUACUUGCCUGCUCUAAAUCAUUAGCCAUUUAAAGUAGUGCUGCAGUAAUAAGCUGUGUCUAGGUUAUUCCCUGUUGUGACUCCUAGAUGACGGACAAAAGCAUCUGUGUGGUUUCUAGGUGAUGUCAGGUUCCCCAGCAUGCAUGCUGUGGUUUUUUGCAUUCUCAUCAGCAAUGGAAAUUGCUGCCUAAUGCUUUUACCAGUUGUAAAUUGAUUCCCAGUAUUUGCAAGUUUAUUUAAAAAUCCUCAGUUCUAGCUUCUUUAAAAAAAAAAAAAAAUCUAGCAGAACAAGGCUUCCGUCUACACUGGUCAGAACAAUAGCAAGCAGCUGCCCUUGAACUGGGGAAGUACUCUCCAUUUUACUCCUUUGUGCUACUUGCCUGACCCCGGUGAACAUGAGUGCUUGCCCAUGGAAAUUAGCUUUCGAGCUAUGUUCUGAGUGUAGUUGUCUGCUGAGUGAAGACUUUUGGGGACUGGUAAACAGACAUGAUAGUUCAGAUCAUUUUUGUGAGGCGAAUGUGAUAACCACUACACUACGGAAACCAGGUCAGAUCAUUUUUGUUAAAAGAAUUGUUUGCAGAUAUUGAAGAUCUUGAGUCUUGAUAGGAUAUAGGAUGUGGGAUAGUAUGACCCCAGGGUUGUAAUGGACCCUUGAGGUAGGUGUGAUGGUUGAUGGAAGACUGUUGGAAAGGAAAUAAACACUUUCUGCAACUACCAUGCUACCACAUUGAGGAGGCUCUUUUAGAAGGUCAGUGGGACUUUGGUACAGAAAGUAGUAGUGCUGGGCCGGGCGGUGGUGACGCACACCUUUAAUCCCAGCACUCGGGAGGCAGAGGCAGGUGGAUCUCUGUGAGU